UUUUACUAUUAAUUCCAUGUUGGAGACGUUAGGUACACUAGAGGGGGUGGCUGAUUGAAUGUAGUUCACAGCUUUUUACAAGACUCCUCCCUUAAGGAGCCUGUGGAAGUAGCAUCUUGGAAAUAGAAACAGACAAAGAACCAAGGAGCAGGGAAAGGGGGUUGGACCUGAUACAGCCAAUAAAAAACUCUGGAAGACAACACCGAACAGAGGCCACAGUCCUUAUACAGAAUGCAGUGAAGAUUCUUACUGAUCCUAACCCUUACUGUUCCUUACGGUGUCAGUAAUCAUAGAGCUCAGGUGGAGUUCCUUUGCCAGCCAUUGUCAACAACCCUGAACAACUAGAAAGCAAGGAUCUGGAGUCAUGGCUGUUACAAAUUUCCAAUACAUCACCCGGAUGAGCAGUGGUUUCAAAGUUUACAUCCUAGAGGGUCAACCACACCUGAGAAGUGAGGACCGGUUCCGUCACAUAACCAGUGACAGAAUUAGAGUGACUGCUGCUCACCAAUUCAAACAUAAGCACAGUUUAGAAAAAGGACAGACACUGGAGGAGAGAAGAGAGAGGGCCCUCAGCAAGAGCCUGGUCAAUGCUGAGAGAACAUCAUCACAGUUCAACAUGCCUGAGAGUCCUACAUCCACCUGGAGCCCCACAGCAAGUCCAGCUCACCUUAUCACCAGUGCAGUUAUGGAUGAGCCACUUGCCCUUGUCAAGAAAAUGCACCAGGAGACAGAAGGCAAAAACAAAAAAACUAAAGUCCGACACAUACAGGUUCGUCCCUCAGUGAUCACAUGUGUCUCAUCAACAAAGUCAGUCUGUAUGCCUGUAGACUGUUGCAAGCACUCCACUGUUAUAAUGCAGCACAGUUAUGAUAACGUUGAGGAACAUUUCCAGCGGAGCCUUGGUGUGAACUAUCAAAAUGGUUCCUCAAAGCAAAUCUCCAUCAGCGUGUCUGUGGAUGAUCACUUUGCCAAGGCCCUUGGAGAGAAAUGGCUACAUCUCAAAGCAUCCUCUUCCACUUGCAGUACAUCUUCGUCACAGUCAACAUCAUCUUCAUGUCUACCCAGUAAUCCCACCUUCAUCCACUCGCCUGGUUAUGGCCAGAGUUCUAAACGAGCUCGCACAGAGUCUGUCAGCCCAACAUCAGCCUCUUCCAGCAUGUGGUCAGGGAAAUGAAACUGGAGAAAAAAGGUUUUCUAAAUGCAUCAUGGACUUGUGAGGCUUUUGAAUAGAACCACAUUAUGCGUGAUCACUGCAGCUGAAUAAAAUGCAAAAUGCAUGCAGUUAAAUAACAGUGAUGGGAUAGUGAUGUAAUAUUGAGCAUCACUACUGAGCAUUGUGCUAUCUCUGCAUGGGAUUUUCUUUGGAGGAUCUGAUUGCUAUAUGUUCUAACUUCAUGUAUGGAAAUACAUGGUGUCUAUGUACAGUGUCUUGCAAAAUGAUUAAUCCCCCUUGGUGUUUGUCCUGUUUUGUUGCAUUACAAGAUGGAAUUAAAAUGGAUUUUUGGGGGGAUUAGCACCAUUUAAUUUACACAACAUGCCUACCACUUUAAAGGUGCAUUUUUUUGUGAUACAAAUAAUAAUUAAGAAGAAAAAAAAAGAAAUCUGGAGUGUGCAUAGGUAUUCACCCCCCAAAGUCAAUACUUUUUAGAGCUACCUUUUACUGCAAUUACAGCUGCAAGUCUCUUGGGGUAUGUCUCUAUUAGCUUAGCACAUCUAGCCACUGGGAUUUUUGCCCAUUCCUCCAGGCGAAACUGCUCCAGCUCCUUCAAGUUAGAUAGGUUGUGUUGGUGUACAGCAAUCUUCAAGUUAUGCCACAGAUUCUCAAUUGGAUUGAGGUCUGGAUUUUGAUUAGGCCAUUCCAAGACAUUUAAAUGUUUCCCUUUAAACCACUCCAGUGUAGCUUUAGCAGUAUGUUUAGGGUCAUUGUCCUUCUGGAAUGUAAACCUUUGUCCCAGUCUCAAACCCCUGGUUGACUCAAACAGGUUUUCUUCCAGAAUUGCCCUGUAUAUAGUGCCAUCCAUCUUUCCUUCAGUCCUGACCAGCUUUCCUGUCUCUGCAGAUGAAAAAACAUCCCAACAGGAUGAUGCUGCCACCACCAUGCUUCACUGUAGAAAUAGUAUUCUCAUGGUGAUGGGAAGUGUUGGGUUUGCGCCACAGAUGGUGUUUCCCAUGAAGGCCGAAAAGUUCAAUUUUAGUUUUAUCUGACCAAAGAAUCUUCUUCCAUGUGUUUAGGGAGUCUGCUACAUACUGUUGGGCAAACUCAAAAUGUGUUUUCUUACUUUUUUCUUUAAGCAAUGGCUUUUUUUUUGGCCACCGUUCCAUAAAUCUUCCAUAACAUGUCACUUUACAAUGCGGAAAAAGGUAAGGUGAUGGGGUCGCAACUCCACACACCACGAUCCAACUGAGUGUUGGGAUUUUUUAAUCGGGGUUGUCUCCCCAGAGCCACUGCAAUUCUGUGACACUAGGGGUGGUGCUGAGAGCCACUGCGGACAGUCUUCAUCAUGUGAGAGGCUAGAUGGUGAGGCCACUUGCUGGAAUAUUGGCCAUGUUUUGCGAAUCACAUGAUGCUGGAUAUGGGGAGACCAGACCAUGAUGCCAAGUGUAUCAAGGCCCACCCAGAAAGGUACUACUCCUCCAGAGAUCCUUGCCCCCAAGGUGUUGAAUUUCUGACAAGAUGGCCUGGUGGAGACUUGGGCUUGCGGGCCACUGCUUCAGGGACAAGAAUCUGCCUGCUGGUGAGCUUGUGCUGUGGAAGCCUCUCCAUGGUCGUAGAAGUUGAGGUUGUCCCCCUGCAACUUUCAUUGACGCCCUGAAAAGGGACGUGGGUGCUGCCAGUACUACUGGGCUAGCCAACUGCAUGGCUGAUUGACAGGAUUGGGCCUCCAGGCAUGCGACUUGGCUAAAGCCACCAUGAGUAAGUGAGUUCCAUAAAGCCCCGCUCUGUGGUGUGUACGGUUUAAAGUGGUCCUAUGGACAGAUACUGCCAUCUUCACUGUGGAUCUUUGCAGAUCCUUCAGUGUUAUAUUUGGUGUCUUUGUUGCAUCUCUGGUUAAUGCCCUCCUUGCCCAGUCUGGGAGUUUUUGAUGGGCUGCCUUCUCUUAUCAGGUUUGUCAUGGUGCUAUGUUCUUUCCAUUCUGUUAGAAUGGAUUUAAUGAUGCUCCGUGGGAUAUUCAAAGUUUGGGCUAUUUUUUUAUAACCCAACCCUGAUCUAUCCUUCUCCACAACUUUGUCUCUGACCUGUUUGGAGUGCUCCUUGGUUUUCAUGUUGUUUGCUUUGUAGAGUUGCAGAGUCAAGGUCCUUCUAGAACAGGUUGAUUUAUACAGACAUCAUGUGACAGAUCAUGUUUGAUUGCACACAGGUGGAUCUUUAUCAACUAAUUAUGUGACUUAUGAAGUGAAUUCGUUGGACCAGCUCUUAUUUAGGGGUUUCAUAUGAAAGGGGGUGAAUACCUAUGCACACUCCAAAGUUCUGUUUUUUCAUCUUAAUUAUUUUGUCACAAAAAAAAAUUUGCACCUUUAAAGUGGUGGACAUGUUGUGUAAAUCAAAUGGUGCUAACCUCCCAAAAAUCCAUUUUAAUUCCAGCUUGUAAUGUGACAAAACAGGACAAACACCAAGGGGGAUGCAUACUUUUGCAAGACACUGUAUUAUUGGUUCAGUUAUAAUCAGUUAGGUUAUUUUUUCCCAUUACUUUUUCAUAGUCCUUGAUUGCACUGAUGAUAAAUAAUACAGGUACUAUUAGAUAGUAGUUUGCCAUCACUCUAAUGUUAUAUAUGUCUGUAGGUCCCAUAGUCAAAUAAUGGUGCCAUUAACAUUGGUGACAUAAGUGCUGUUAUAAUGCCAUAGUAGUAAGAAAAGGGUUAGCAGCAGUAACUAAUAUUUGUAUGUUGCUUCUUGCUCUCUAGACCAGAUUAAACAUUUUUUUCCAAAGGAGCAUUUAAAACUGCUACUCAAACAAAUAAAAAAAAUCUAAAAAAAAAUGCCACAGAUGUUUUUUUUUGUUUAUGUGAUAAAGUUUUUUAAAUUAAUGUAAGAAUUAUGUAAUGUGGGGGCGUCGUGGCUCAGGUGGUUAAGGCGCCAUACCAUGAAUGCGGGCGACCCGGGUUCGAUUCCGGCCCGAGGUCAUUUCCCGCUCCCUUCCCGUCUCUCUCUCUCCCGCUCAUUUCCUGUCUCUACACUGUCCUAUCCAAUAAAGGUGCAAAAAGCCCAAAAAAAUAUCUUUAAAAAAAAAAAAAAAGAAUUAUGUAAUGUAAGGAUGUAAGAAUGAAUGUGUUUGUGUGGAUUUCCUCCAGGUUCUCAGAUUUCUUCCCACCUCCUGAAAGCAUGCCAGUAGGUGGAUUGGUAACUCUAAGUUGCCCCUAGGUGUGAAUGAGUGUGUGACCGUGAUGGACUGGAGUCCCAACUCGGGUGUAUUUCCGCCUUAUGCCCCUUGUACCUGGGAUAGUAUCUGGAUCCAUCAUGACCCUGAUCAGGAUAAAGCUGUUAUUGAAGAUGAUUUAAUUAAUUAAUAAAUAUAAAUGGAUUGAGUAAGGUGUUUUUUUUAACAUCUAAAACCUGUUCUUGCUGCUCUGGUGACUCAUAAAGGUGUUUAAAAGGGGAAAAAACAUUCUCAAGUUUUCACCUGUACAACUGUCAUUCAGAACAAAAGUCUGCACUAAAAUUCUUUUGAUGUAUUAAUUUAUUGCCAUUUACUCAUGAGCUGUAGCUAUUGAUAUCAAAAAGGCCUUUAUGAGUUGCUCAAUGUACACCUUUGAACCAGAGUUAUUUUGAAAUUUUCACAAGUUUUUAUUUUUGUUUAGUCUUUAAUUUUUUUUCUAUUUCAGUUCAGUUCUAGUUAGGUUUACAAGUGCAUGAGUAGUUUUAUUUUUAUUUUGAGGACUUGAAUAAUUUUAGUUUUUCAUGUAUUGUACAGUCAUACAUAUUCUAUAAUAACUUGACAGUUAGGACACUAUCAAAAUAUAUCAAUAUCAAAAGAUUCAGAGAAUCCAGAGAAAUCUCUGGACAAUAGGGGCAAGGCCAAAAACCAACAUUGAACGCCUGUGAUCUCUGAUCCUUCAGGUGCCACUGCAUUAAAAACCGACAUGAUUGUAUAAAGGAUAUUACUACAUGGGCUUGGGAAGACUUUGGAAAACCGUUGUCGAUGCCAUGGUGGUUCUCAGGUUGUUCCUGACGAUCCAAACCAAUUUCCUUUUAACUGAGGGUGACAGUUUGGGUUUUCUUGAAGCAAAGUGGCUUGGCAAAGUGACUAAACCUCACAGUAACUUGGAUACAAUUGUUUGAAUUGAUCUUAGAAUUUGCAGUUGUUUAGAAAUGGCUCCAAGAGACAUUCCUGAGUUGUGUAUAUCUGAGAUUCUCUUUCUCAGAUCUGCACUGAGCUCCUUGGACUUUCCCAUUUUACUGUGUGCUGGUUAAUGAAUGUUGUAAAUAAAUCUUUUUUAUGAAGGCACAGAGAAGCUACCAGCUGUAGUCAAUCAUGAUCACUAACAGGAAGUUAAGAGACCUCGGCCUUGGCAAGAUAAGAGACAUUUUGGAAGUUUCAGCACCUCUGAAUUAAUAAUCUAAGUGAGCGUAUGUAAAUGUUUGACCCUGUAUGUAUAAUUUUGACACUGUGUUGAUUUCAGAAAUCCCAAAGAAAAUUAAAACUUGUGUAUCAAA